GCUGUUGGAGCGUCCUUCUUUUGUUGUGGUCAAAACGGAAAUAGACACAAGCGUGGCUACCGGCUAUCGAUAUAAUGUCGAUUUAAAUAUCAAUCAAAAGUGUUUUAUAGGAAUUUCUCAGCAGAAGUUUAAGGGUUGGAAUAUUAGCUCGCGAUGAAGUAAUGUGAUUUAAGGUAUUAACCCGCACAAUGGACGACUGUGGAGCACCCAGCAUAGCACACAAAGUUUUCACGUUUGAAGACAAGAAAAAUCCACAGGAGUCCCUUUCUGUCUCCGUACCAGAGGUUCUUGAUCCUCAGUAUGGCAUGUACGUGUGGCCCUGUGCCGUGGUGCUGGCUCACUACCUCUGGACUCACAGAGCACAGCUCAGGGGCCAGACACUGCUGGAGCUGGGUGCAGGUGUGAGUCUACCAGGUGUGGUGGCUGCAAAGUGCGGAGCGAAGGUGAUCCUGUCGGACAGCGCUGAGACUCCUCAGUGUCUGCAGAACUGCAGGCGCAGCUGUGCAGCCAACAGCCUCCCUGGUGUGGAGGUGCUGGGGAUCACCUGGGGGGAAGUGUCCCCGGCUCUGGUGCUGCUUCCACCGCUGGACAUCAUCGUGGGGUCGGACGUCUUCUACGAGCCACAGGACUUUGAAGACGUCCUCCUGACUGUUGCUUUUCUUCUGAGAAAAAACCCCACAGCUCAGUUCUGGACCACGUACCAAGAGAGGAGUGCUGACUGGUCCAUAGAGGUGCUGCUCCACAGGUGGAAGCUGAGCUGUGAGGAGGUUCAGCUGGACACGUUUGAUGCAGAUGAAGCGGAGCUGGCUGGAUCUAAUCUGCCCGGAAACAAAAGCGUGUUCAUGAUGAAGAUCACGCAGAGGACAGGAGACUGACAGUGUCCAUAAAGAGAUGUGUGGCAGAAGACGGAGAGAGAAUAACAUGAGAAUGCAUAUAUUUAUGAAAAAUGUAUUUUUAUUAAUUUAAUUUAUAUAUUGACUAAAAUGUCUUAGGAAGGAAGCUGCAUGACUCAUGAAUCAUAUUUUAAACAGCUCUAGUUUGGGGUUUCAUUCAUCAAUAUCUCCUUCUGUUUUUUGCUUAAAUUUGUUCUAAAGAAAGUUCCUAAGAACAAUAUAAGAACCCAAUUAGCUGAUAUACUAUAUUGCAUGUAAGUAUUGCAUGUAAGUAUCGCAUAUCAAAUUUAGAUUAUGGGCAUUACGCUAAGCAACAUGAAUGUCAUCACUGAAUUACAUAGUAAUGCAACAUAAGAAGUGAAUAAAGCUAAAUCUCCGAUUAGCAUGCUAAUCGCGAAUAACAGAAUUUGCACAUUACAUGCCACACUACAACGUCUGCAACUCCAUAAAACACUUACUUUUCAUAAGGUACGCACACCAUCCAGCACAUACACAUCAAAAAUUGAUAUUUGCUGGAAACUAUUUGAAUAUUAUUGGAAAAGUAGGUAGGAAAAUUGACUUCCAGAUGAGAUGAGUCAGGCGUGGAAAUUCAGAGUGAAUUGUGUUACUGACCAGGUGUAGGCCUAUCACACAAUGGGGCGGAGCUCCCCUAAAAGUGUCCAAUCAGAAACACUGCAAUGCCGCAAAACGUCCUAAUGAUAUUUUGAAAAAUGAAUUCAAUAAUCUUAAAAAUCGAGGAUGCACACCUUCCUGCCAUGCGUAAGCCAGAUAAGAAAUCUUAGGUCAGCGAGAUAUGCCCUAGACACACACACACACAGAUAUAUAUAUAUAUGUAUAUAUAUAUAUAUAUUAAUCAAAGAAAAUGCAAACACCAGUUAUUCUGCACACGUCAGCAUUUAAAAGUGCAUAUGUGUUCUAUAGUUUGCUAGACUUUGUUCUUGAAAGGGAAAAAGAAAAAAUCCCAAUUAAGGAAACUGGUGAGAAGAAGAACUGUUUUUUAAGGAGAACAUGUGAGUUAAAGUGUGUUUCUUCCUGUGAGCAGCAGAGGGCAGCAGCUCAUUAAACACCAGUGUGUGAGCUCUGACUCGUGCUCUUUGAUUCCUGUGUUUUAAUUUGAUCCUUUGGGUGGGGCUGGUAAACUUUCCUGCUCAGACUGUCUUUAACUGUUGCACGCUUACUACUUCUAUAAUGAAAUGUAGCGCAGUUUUACUAUUACUGUUAUGUGUUGAUAUUUUAACAUUUCUCUGACACAUUUACUCAAGAACUCUGCUUCAGGAGGGUUUCGGGGACUUUAACAUUCUCUCUUUUUUUUUUUUUUUUACGGCUCUGAUUCAUUCAGCAGCUGGAGUCACUUUACUGACAUUAAAACAUCUCAUGAGUUGUGUAAUCGGUUAUGUAACAGAGUUAAAGUCUCCAUUUCAACAGACCUCAA